CGCUGUGCGCGGGUUCUUUCUUCGCGUCUCUCGCUCGCGAGCGGAGCUUCUUUAUUCCCGUUGUUUCUUAAUUUCUCGAUUUCGCUUUCAGUGCCGCUUUGACCGUCGAGAGACACCGGACAACGACGCGCGAUCGACGCUCCGAGAUUUUGCAAAAAUCUUCGGAUCGAAGUCGCGCACGAUCUCAUGUUCUCUCUCUGUUCGUCGGUGAUUAUUCAGUAGGUAACAGUUCGCGCUCGAUUAUGGCCACGUUACACCGUGUGCAAUUAUCGCCGAUGCGUGCGCUAACAUUGGCAUUGUAAUGACAGACAUCAAUCGACACACACGCGCGCGCGCGCGCGCGCGUUAUUGAAGAUAAUUGCUUCGUGGAGCGGAAUCGCGACACAGUUUUAAUUCAUCGGCGACAUAUCGACGGCCGAUCGUCGUCGUGUGUUUCUUAAUCACAAUAACACACAAGUGUAUUACAUCCGAGAACGAGAUCUGACGGAUAUUUUGUGUUGAUAUUGUGUGCGGUUUCAACUCAAGAGGAAAAAAAUUCAUCGAUCGUCUAACCGAUUGAUCAACCUCGGUAUGAUACGUGCGACAAGAAUAGUUUGACCCAGACCUUACGAGAUUCCGAGGUCGGCAGCCGCACGCUGAGCAUUUUUUACGUUUCUCAUUUGGCCGGUCGUCAAUGUGACGGCGCGACGGCGGAUUUAAACUCUUCUACUCCCCCCGGAAAGCGUUGCUCAACAGCGAGUUUGAAAAAUUUACUCGUCGCGCGUCGUCGGAACCAGUCGCCCCGUUUGAGGACCAUCACCCGAUCGUCGCACAACUCAGUCAGUCGAUCGGCAACACCCCGCCGCGCUUCUCCAUUCAGAUGAAAUGUUUCUCGCACGAGCGUUGAGAGGAGGACUGCGAGUUAUCUGGCGUAAUAAAGCUAAACUUCCGUCCACGUGAGGCACGAAACCGCCGCGCUCGCACAGGCCAAGAACCGACGACGAUCGUAAAACGCUGAACCGUCGGGCACGUAUUGGCUGAUGAAUUGUGAUAUCCGUCCAUGAAUGUUAAAGCGCUCGAUCGUCACGACGCGUUUUGACUCCGUUGUUCGACCGUUUGUUGUCCGUCGAAUAAUAAUCCCGAUAUGCGCAAGCGAUGAUAUUCACAUGAUCGCGCGGUCUUUCGUGAAAGAUAAGAGGAAACCACGUAGCGAGAGAUCCCGCGCGCGCCCAUCCUCCAAUAGAUGUUACAACCGAUGCCGGUUGUUGCAUUCUGUCGACGAGUCGUCGUUCGCGAGGAAAACGAGAUUUGAGAGGAGGCUGCGGGGGGCGGGACAGCCUUGAGAGAUCGCCGACUGUUAUGAGAGUUUUAUAAGCGCGCGAAAGAGAGCCGAACGGAGAGGAGAGACCCGGACGCGAGACCGGGACGCGAGCCGUUUGCCGUACGCGAUAAUUGUUGUCUCCGCGACGUAAGUUCGGAAUGAGAUGAUCAGAGUGAGGCGAGCGACGCGGGCGUGAGAGAUGCAAGCACGAUCCCUCGGAUAAAACGCGCGCGCGAGAGGGAACGCUCUUCUCUUGGAGAAAAGAAGAAUAUUACGCGCGGGAAGAAAAAAAAAAAAAAGAAACGCGCGGAGUAUAGAUGCUGCACGUGUAUCGGCGCCGCAAAUUGCAGAGAUGUCGCGAAUUUCGAAUCGUGUCGCCACGAUUGGCGCGGCUCUCGCCAUCGUUUUGCUCGUGAUACUGCUGGUAAUCCUGUGGUCGGACGUGCGCACCGUCGACAGAAUUGAAAACCUCGGUCGGAGCAAUUUAACGGCCGAGCGCGCCGGCAACGAAACGCGAAAGAAGCAGACGGAUCUGGUUACGACGUUUGACUCGACCGAGCGCAAUUUCACGAACGACGUACUUCCAGAGGAUGUACAGAUUACGAAGAGACGCAAUGACUCGAUCAACGUGUUGCCGCCGGUCAAAAGCAAUCUGGAAUACGUGAAGCCACUGAAAAUUAGUCAAAAUCAGUAUGAAGAUCCGCCCGAAGAAUUUUCCACGGCCAAGAGGCAUCACAGUGGCCAUUUUCGUCACGCGUCGGCCGAGGUCUGGGACCCCCAUCCGCAAUACGAAUUCACCGCGUUCGGCCGUCGAUUUCGGCUGCGAUUGGCGCACGACGCCAGUUUCGUGUCUCCCGACAUAAGAGUGACGCACAUGAGUGAGAACACAAGCAGACGAGAGCACGCCGGUCACCAAUUGGGUUGCUUCUAUAGCGGGUCAGUAGAUGGUGAUCCAAGUUCAGCGGUUAGUGUCAGUCUUUGUCACGGAAUGACCGGUCACAUGAAGACUUCGAUGGGGAGCUACUUUAUCAAACCUACCGAGAAUUGGCGCGAGAACGACAAGGAUUCUCUCGGAUCAUCCCUGCAGCACGCGAUUUACCGCGUACCCGCGGUACCAUCGGACUCGAACGGUCGUGCCGGCUUCGAUAUUUUCCGAGACGAGGUCAAAAGUCACAAUUGCGGUGUAAUAGUAGAUUACGACUCGGAUGACGUCCCUUCUCCGUUAAUGGACGAUAGUUCCUCUCAUAAGAUUUACGUCGGGGAGCGUUCGCGGAAGCGUAGAUCAUUAACCCAGAAAACUGCAUCGCUGGAGCGAUUUUCGAUGGGAAAGGAAGAGGAGGAAUGCGAACGACGACGGCUCGCGGAACGGAACAAGUAUCGCCGAGAUGUUUUUCAAACGUUGGAUUACGAUGACAGUUAUUACAGCGCGGAACACGAGCGCGGCUCACAUCGGGAAAUUGAGGGAUACGUUCAAGACUCUUCGGAUCCCUUCAUGACUUGGAGACCGCGGCGUGCUCUACCGCGAGAAUAUUUCAUCGAAAUCAUGGUGGUGGCCGAUGCGAAAAUGGUGGCGUAUCACGGAAGCGGCUUAGUCAGUUAUAUUCUCGUCUUGAUGAGCACGGUUUCACGGAUUUACAAGGACCAAUCUAUCGGCAAUCCCGUGAGCAUAGCCGUGAUGAAGAUCGUGAAAACCGACGAAGUGUUCGGCGACAAGCACAGCGGGAGCGACGGUAUCGCCGCGGCUGAGAUGCUGAAGCGAUUCUGUCAGUGGCAGAAACGCAAUAAUCCGGACGAACCGUCCCCGGAGCAUCACGAUACCGCGCUUCUUUUAACCAGAGAAAAUCUGUGCCACAAUCCGAGUCAGAAGCGUUGCGACACUCUUGGACUGGCCGAGCUGGGCAGGAUGUGCUCGUCAGGAUCUUCGUGCGCCAUCGUGCAGGAUAACGGAUUAGCCGCGGCGUUUACCAUAGCGCACGAGAUCGGUCACGUACUCAACAUGCCGCACGACGACGACACCAAGUGCACGGGCUUCAGAGAUCGCACCGGUUUGCACAACGUGAUGUCUCGCAUGCUGGACGACAAUACUUUUCCAUGGGAAUGGUCCAAAUGUUCCCGGCACUAUGUCACCGAAUUUCUCGAAACCGGAUAUGCCAAUUGCUUACUAGACGAACCCAGUAAAAUGAUGGAGAGACAAACUGGUCGAUUACCUGGCGAGGAUUAUUCGGAAAACAAACAAUGUGAGCUCGUUUUUGGGCGAGGAUCCAAAAUCUGUCCUCACAUGGUGAGUGAUGUGUGUAGGAGACUGUGGUGCACCGCACCACUGUGGGAUCAUCAUCAGCAAUGUCACACUCAACACAUGCCUUGGGCCGACGGCACGCCCUGCGGUCGAGACAAGUGGUGUCAUCGCGGCGAGUGCGUUUCGCGAAGAAAUCUCGAGCCGAUACACGGCCAAUGGGGCGAGUGGGGAAGAUUUGGCGAAUGUUCGCGAACUUGCGGCGGCGGUGUUAAAAAGAAAUAUCGCGAAUGUGACAAUCCGGCGCCGAAAAACGGCGGCAAUUACUGUAUUGGCGAGCGCGUCAAGUACCGUAGCUGCGGCACCAGAGAAUGUCCAUCAGGUAGUCCAGAUUUCAGGGAACAACAGUGCUCAAAAUUCGACAACAACAACUUCAACAUUCAGAAUCUCGCUAGAGACGUUAAGUGGCACGCAAAGUAUACCAGAAUAUUACCACAAGAUCGUUGUAAACUGUAUUGCCAAGUGGAGAGCAAUCAGUAUUACAUGCUACGUGAUAAAGUAAUCGACGGUACCCCAUGUGGUCCCGACACUUUUCACAUGUGCGUUAACGGUCAAUGCAAACCGGCUGGAUGCGAUCACGUCUUGAAUUCAACGGCCGAACUCGACACGUGCGGAGUUUGUAGAGGCAACAAUUCUACUUGUCAGAGAAUCACCGGUUCUUACAAUGCCAGCGUUUACGGUUACACGAGAGUGGCGAAAAUACCCGCGGGUAGCAGCUACAUCGACAUUAAACAACACGGAUGGCUGGGUUCCCAUAAUGACAGCAAUUAUCUCGCUCUGAGACUUGGAGAAGACGGCGAAUACAUUCUGAACGGCAACUUUAUGGUAAUGCAUCGCAAAGUGAUCGUGCAUCCGAGCGUGACAAUUGAAUACAGCGGACCGGAAUCAGUUGUAGAACGUCUGAAUAGUUCCCGACCGAUUGCCAUUGAUUUAAUCUUGGAGGUAUUAAGUGUAGGAAACGUGUAUCCGCCGCAAAUUACAUACGAGUAUACGGUACCAAAACGAAUCCUAAACAGCUAUUCGUGGGUGCUCAAGGAGUGGUCGAGCUGCAGUCACAUGUGUCAGGGUAUGAAGUAUCGUAAGGCCGAGUGCAUAAGCGCCGAGCAGAAGGAUGUUGUGCCCGAUGAUUAUUGCAGAGCCGACGAAAAGCCACGGGAAGAGAAUCAAAUGUGCAACGCUCAUUGCAAACUGCAGUGGCAUAUGACCUCCGUGUCAGAGUGCUCGAAUUAUUGCGGUCCUGGCGUGCGAACCGUCACCUGGCGGUGCGCCCAAGUUCUGUUGGAGUCGUUGCAUCCACCGCGACCGAUAUCGCCGCACGCGUGCUUGCACAUUGAAAAACCGAGCGAGCAUCAACCGUGCGUAGGACCGUGCGACGACGCUCAUUGGAGUUACAGCGAAUGGAACGCCUGCAGCGUCUCGUGUGGCGGCGGUAUGCAAUCGAGAAACGCAAUGUGCGUCGAUUCGAACGAGAAGCCGGUACCGGACGAAAAUUGUUCAGGACAGGAGAAACAUCUCAAGAGAGUGUGCGGUCAGGACGCCUGUCCCAAAUGGGAUCUGGGAGAAUGGAGUCCGUGUUCCGUGACGUGUGGUGUGGGAAAACGUCAGAGAGCAUCUUGGUGUCAAGUUGAGAAUCGCGUAGUACCGCGCACUUUCUGUAACAGUAUGCCAAUCGGAACUACGGAAGUCUGUGAUGCCGGUCCUUGUCCUCAAUGGCAUUCCGGCGACUGGAGUCCGUGUUCGGUUACAUGUGGCGAGGGAACGUCGCGAAGGAGCGUUGUUUGCAAGAGCGCCGACGGCGCGGUGAGCGACGGAUGUUCCGCGUCCGAAAAGCCUGACGACGUAGCUACUUGUAUGCUACAACCAUGUCCGAUUAUUGUGAGUUUACCGCCAAGUACGUAUUCUUCCAAAUCCCCGCGCGACGAUCCCUCCCCACAAGACAACGAAAUCGACAGCAACGGUAUUACGUUCCACAUAGGUUACAAUUGGCACGUAGGAUCCUACGGAGAGUGCUCGAAAAAAUGUAAUACCGGGCACAAAAGCAGAAUAGUGAAGUGUGUAUCUUCGGAAACGGGGGCGAUUGCGCCCGACUAUUAUUGCGAUUCCAACCACCGACCGAUAGCCAGGAUCGCGUGCAAUCGUCAUUCAUGUCCAACUUGGAACAUCGGUGAUUGGAGCGAGUGUGACGUGAAAUGCGGCGACGGAUUCCAACAUCGUCAAGUUCGCUGCCAGAGUCACGACGGUAAAGUUUUGUCGUACAAAGACUGUUCGGACGAACAGCCGAAACACGCGCGGAGAUGUCAGAAAGAACCAUGCAAAAGUAAAAAUAGCAGAGAACAUUUCGAGUCAAACAUCGUCCGCAGAUGGAGAAUGUCUAAUUGGACUCCCUGCUCGAAAUCGUGCGGCACCGGGGUUCAAACGCGAAGAGUGGAAUGUAUAAUGAGAAGAGGCAGCCAUGGGUCGGAAAUACCAGUUAAGGACGAGCAGUGCUCGAGAUUGAAAUUGCGCAAGCCGAAAUCGCAGAGAUUGUGUCACCGCGUUGCCUGUGACUAUAGCUGGCAAGAGGGAACCUGGUCAGAGUGUUCGGCUGAGUGUGGCGAAGGAACGCAACGUCGCGCAGUUAGUUGCCAUCGAGUGAAUCAUUACGGUUGGAUCGACCCGACUCCAACCGACGGUUGUCUCAUGGAUCAGAAACCGGUCGAAGAGCAGACUUGCAGAGUACGCGAGUGCGACGACAAAUAUUAUUGGACCGUUGGCCCCUGGAGAAAAUGUAGCCAUUCCUGCGGACGCAGAGGCCGACAGAUCCGUAAACUUUAUUGUCACGACAAAACGGGCAAGAAAGUCGGACGUUAUCUCUGUCCGGACGAAUACAAGCCGCAACGAAAGCGCAAGUGCAAUCAGAAGAGAUGCGGACCCGUCAGCUGUCUUGAAAUUCAGAAACGGCUGAAGACCACUACAGACGGCGAAUACUCGUUGCUAAUAGGCGGCAGAAAUAUGACGAUCUAUUGUCACGGAAUGUCAAGCGCCGAGCCACGAGAGUACUUAACACUGCCAGCUGGCGAUAACGAGAAUUACGCGGAGAUUUACGACAAAAGGUUGAAAGAGCCACAUACAUGUCCGUUCAACGGUCAGAGGAACGACAGUUGUAACUGCGUAGCCGAAUUGGGAACGAUUUCUGGCAGAACUAUGUUCAAGAGAGUGCGCAUAGAUCCCGUUAGACUGUACAUUAUAGCAAACGAUUACACGUUUUCGUGGACAGAAGGAAAGAAGCGCGUCGAAUAUGGCAAAGCCGGCGACUGUUACAGUCUCGCGACAUGUCCACAGGGUCGUUUUAGUAUAAAUUUGAGAGGAACUGCGUUGAGAUUAUCGCCGGAAGUUAUGUGGGUUCCGGAAACUUCAAACGCUUUUCUCGAGAUUACUAAAGUUAAUCAUCAGCGAAUCGUCGGCAAAUGCGGCGGUUACUGCGGUUUCUGCAAGCCAAAAACAGGGCUGAAGUUGGACGUAUUAUCUUCCUAGUCACAUUCAUCAACUUCUCGUAUACGAUAUCUAUUAUCGUAUUUUCAUCGUAUCUAUUUCGUUUUUUGUAUCCACCGUGUACGCAUUUGAAACCGAGAGAAUUUUUUUUUUUUUUUCACAGGAUAUAUAAGGAGAAAUGCAUUUCCGGCAUCAGCAUUUAUUCCGUAAACACAAUCCGCGACUAUAAGCCGUGGUAUUUAUAACCACCGAAUUGCUUUAAAUUCUAUUCUUACGUAGUUUCAUAUAGUAGCUUUCGAAAAAGGAAGAGAGAAGCAUGAUAUACUUACAGGCUUUCACUGCCGUCACGAUUUUACAGUGCGAUUUUUUACGUAUACAGAGAGUAAUCUUUUUUUUUUUUUAUAUACAAUAUAUAUAUAUAUAUAUAUAACGGUUAUAUAAUACACGCGCACACAGAGUUGUAAUAAAUAUGUGUCGCUUUAGAAGAGUGAUAGUUGCCUGCAAUGUGUGGCGACCUGUAAACAGUGCUUUCUUCCCCCCCCCCCCAAAAGAAAAACAAUUCAAAACUGCGUACGUAAAACAACGUACGUUAUAAGUAUUACGAGUAACAAUCGAGAGAAUUGUGUGACGCGCGAGAGUUAUUGUUUACAGCACGGCAGGCGCGGCUAUCUGUUGUCAACAAGUUAUUUGAAAAGUAAUAUAAAUUCUUUUUGUGCUUGUUCAAAUGUACAUAGUUGCAAUUUCUCGAUUUUUUGUUUGUAAGAAAAUUCGUAAAAGCUCGCGAUGUGUGUAUGUGCAUUUAAAAAAACGGAGAGGGUGAGAGGAAGAGGACGGUCGCUACAAGUAACUUAAAUGCUCCUGGGGUAAUUGCCAUAUAUUGAAUAUAUAAAUGAAGUUACGUUACGCUCUCUUUCAAUGAUAUUACAGAUCGCACAAUUUUUGUCGCAAAGCACUGCCGUUUUUCCUAGAGUAUAUCCCAUUGAUCAUUAGGAAGAAAAAUAAAAAACUAAAAAAAACUCUGUAACUGUAUCCUGGAAUGUUCAAUCCGAGUGUUCGGUCAUCAGUCACAAUUUCUGAAUUUUAAGAAGUCAACGAUGAUUGCUUUUUUUUUGUUUUUUUUUUUUACAUUCUUACGUUUCUUAAUAUUUAUAGGAGGAUCCAUUUUUUCUCACGUUUUGUGGAGUGUGCAUUCCGGUAUACAGCAAUGCAAUUCGUUGUUAUUCUGUAAGACACACAGAAUAAGUAGGACAAAAAAAAAAAAAAAAACGAAACGCUUAUCGGAAUGUAUAAAAUAUGCGUAUUUCGACAGACUGCCACGUAAUUAAUAUUAUUAUAUCGGAUAUAUAAAUAUGUAUAUGAAAUUAUUAAGCAUAUAUAUAUAUAAAACAAAUACAUAGUUUGCUUUAAGCUUUUUGUCACGUUGUAGCAUAAUAAGACGAAAAAUGCGAGUUAUAUCAUAAGUAUACAAGAAGUAGACGUAUCAUUUAUAUAAAAAAAAAAAAAUGAUGUAAUAAAUAUUUUAUACAAGUACCGAGAAACUUACACGUCGCACGCGAUGGUUUCGGCGACGCGAAGAACAGUCGCGAAGAAACGUUCACCGCUAUUAGCAGAAUUUUUUCUAUAUAAAUGUGAGAAAAAGUUGAUUAGAGUAAAAAUGUAAUAAACUUUAUUGUGCUUCGCAGGCUGCUCCACGUGUCACUGGAAAUACAGACAAAGUCUUUUGAAUAUUAAUUUCGCAUGUGUGUUGUCGUAAAUGCACUUUAAACAUGCGCGUCGCGAAUCUACGUGUGUCGAAUGUCGUCGGCAGCUAGCUGUAAUCUCGAUGAUCGUUGAUGAAAUUUGUAGAAUGAGGAUCUGUGCGGCUUUUGUUCGUCGUUUGACAGUAAAGAAAAGGCGGUGAUAAAUCAAGUUUAUGUGUGUUACGUAUAGAAUCUAUCAAAAUUUCGUAGAACAACCGCAUCAUCGUAUCUACCGGUGUUAAACGUACAAAAUACGAAAAAAAAAAAACUGUACGCAAAGCGUGUGAGAAUAAAUUCUCGACUAGAAAUCAAAUCGAUAUUCCGUGAAUAUAUAUGAGUCGUAAUGCGGAAUGUGUUCAUUUAUGUAUGUACGCGCAUUCAAAGACUUGUUUUUUUUUCCGUAAAUAAUCACAAUACGUAACUGGUAAAUAAUUUCUUUAUUAUCUCAUUUUAUAGAGAAACUUUAUUUGUACAAGCGUACAAAUCUCGUAUACCGCAGCAGUUCUCUCGCGACAACGCGACCGUAAGUAGAAUAGACAAAUCAUUUUAUCGCAAUGUGUACAGCGCAAGAAUUCAUCGAGCUAGUUUAUAUGUAAAUUAUCGAAUUAUAUUGUAAUAAAUCGCGCGCUGCGAAAUA